ACAGCCGAAACCGCAACAGCAGCAGCAGCAGGGCGUGGCAAGCAGAAGGCGGAAGGGAACUGGAGGCGCGCCUCCAAAUGCUCAUUGAAAUUUACGAUUAUGCUGCGAAAUUAUUAAACAAUAUGACCGCAACAACAGCAAGCAUCAUUAAUAAUCUAGCCAGCGGGGCGGAAGGGACAGCUGGAGUGGACAGAGCGGACAGAGCGGGCGGGGCGGAGCGAACGGCGAGUCCGAAUCCCACGACGGCCACAAAUCUAACGUCCAAACUGCUGCAGGCGACAACGGGCAACAUGAAGACGCUGCUGAAUCGCACGCUGGCCACAAUGGGCGGCCAGCGUGGCACAUUGACCACCCUGCUGCUCCAGGGCGGCCUCGGCACGGACGUGGCCAGCGGGCAGCGAGUCCGGCAACUGGCCGAUGCCAAUGGCAGCGUGCAUGCCACGGGCAACGAGAGCGUCAGCCAUGGCCAGGAUAUGUACAAUGCAUUUAAUGUCACGUCGCCGUCGUCGUCGUCGUCGCCCUCAGCGCACACAGUCGGCUUCAUCGAAUCCUCGACCACGGCCGCCAGCACAGUGCUGAGCAGCGCCAUCACCAAUCUGCCGGCGACGAGUGGCCCGGCCGCCACAUUCCCAGCCCAGACGAUGGCCACCAUCAUCGCGGCCGGCAACAAGAAUCGAGCCACCACCAUUAUCCUCUAUCCAACGGUUUCACCCGAAUCGAUUGUCAUCCCCAUCGUUUCGUGCAUCUUUGGCUUCCCGAUAUUGGCGCUGAUCGUCAUCUGCUGCCUGCGACGUCGAGCCAAGCUGGCCCGGGAGCGGGACAGACGGCGCAACUAUGAUAUGCAGGACCAUGCUGUCAGCCUGGUCAGAUUUAGUCCAAUUCAUAGGCUUAGUGAGUUUGAAUGUUGUAAUGUGUGUACGAAAUUUUCAUUGUUUCUCUUAUUCUUCUCUUGUU